AUGACUGCAGCUGCGGGUGCUCUUCUCCGGUCUAGGGUUCCCUGUCGAAGCCUCUCAUUGACUCUGCAAUCCUGUAGGAGGGCGCUGGGGGGUGAAGGUUCUUCGGCAUCUCCGACAUCAAGAUCAUUCUUGCAAAUUUCGUCACAGAAGAGGCGUAUUUCUUGCAAUUCCAGGUGGAUGCCAAUAGCCGCCGCUAUCCACUUUUUUUCUUCCCUCUCUAUUCUUCUUAUUAUAUUGGAUUUCGUUGUUUUGUUAAUGCGGGAAACGGUGGUUUGAUCAGAUUACCUGUCGAGUUGAGCUGUCUGGAGUCGAUGAUGCCGCUGCACAGUGCGAUAGCUUCUGCUCGUCUCAGGUCGAUCCUCUCUGCGGAGUCUCAGAGCUGGGGUAUGAUUCCACAAGGUAUAGGCUUUGUAGAUUUCUAGGCCCAGCAGUAAUGUUGCUCAUACAGAGUACGACUGCCUCGUGCACUCUGUCGCUGCCACUUUUUACUUCAGUUUUUUUUUGGCUAGUAGACUUGUCAUAUUUUUUUGGUUAUGGGGCUCAAUCAUUUUGCACUUUUCUGUUUUGUUGUUGACCAAGGAAAAUGAUGUUGUCGUGGAUUUUUUUUGUCAAUCGGACGAUAAACCAUUUGAGUUAGGUUCUGGGGCUGUUGUGGAUGCAGUUUGGAUGGCAACAUUCAAACGGAAUUUCUCAGAUGAGCAGAAAAGUAGAGCGUUGCUGAGAUCAGGGGGUUUGACAGCGUGAGGGAAACGACGAACAAUCGAAGAUGGAAGAAACAACAUAGGAUUUGUGAUAGACUCAUAUCAUUCACACCAUAUGAAUUCCACAAAACAUUGACAUCCAUGUAAUGAAUUUAUAUGAAUGGCCAUCUGAGGCGACAGGAACUAGUAGUAGCCUAACAGAAUUCAUACAAGUACUGCAUUGGCAAUCUCUUAUCUUUCUCACAACAAUCUUUCUUAUUGACUCAAGCUUUAAUGAAUUUCAAUAAAUGAUUUUAGUUUAAAUUUUAAACUCGUCUCGCGCGCUAAAAAAAGCGUGGUAAAAAUCAAUGCUUUUAUGCUUUUAGUUUUUCCUGAAUUCAUGAAUCGUCACACUUUGUCGUUAAAAUUCAAUCGUGCUAUGAGGAUGGUUAUCUUUUUCUUGAUAUUCCUAUUUGUUUAUUCAAGUGACACCACUGCAGAAAAAACUAGUAGUUUUCCUGGUCAAGUUUAUUUUAAGUGACUGAAAUCCAUUCAUCAAGAUCAGACUGGUUGUACCAGAUAAUGACCGGUUUUUCUUAGUUCAGGCUGUUUCUGACUAUCAUUGGCCCAAUUAUGUGAUAAACAAGUUUCAAUUUUCGGGUUCAUCUCACGAGAUCACCUCCUUUACUUUUAUUACUUGAUUUCUUGGCAUAGUUCACUUGCCAUUCCUCUGAAAAAAUCACUUCAAAAAGCCUUAUAAUUUUUUUUUUAAUAUGACCGUCAUAAGUUGAAUGCUAGGAUCUGUUAUUUAAGAAUUCGAAAGGUUUGUGAUUCUGUUCUUCAAUAUUCCAAGUCUAUGUAAAAGUUUAUAAAAGAAGCAGGGGUGAAUCUCUGGCGGGAACUGCUACAAUAUUUGACGCAAUGCUAUGCUUUUGACUAAUAUGUUUCCUAAGUCUAUCAUCUUAUUUGCAACUUGAGGUUUAAGUGAUGCUUUUAGUUUAAAUUUUUAAAAACCUAGAUAAUGAUUCAAAGAUUAGGUGUUUUUUCCUCAGAAUUAAAGUUAGUAUUCAAUAUCAUAUAAGCGAAUCUAUAUCGGUUUUUUUGUUUUCAACCAGUCUCCAAGCAACCUAUGAGAAGUGUAGGUAUGGGCAGAAUAGAAUGGACUGCCUUUGGUGAAUUCCUUGAGGGAUCUAAUAAUCCGGUGA